GCUUACAGCUUAACGGAAAACGAGUGUAUGCGGCCGCCUUCCGCUCCACUGAGCAAGUAAUCACUAUGUUUUAUUCUGCUCGAUCACAUUAUGAAUAGGCCCACCAAGGAUGUCAUAAUAGGUCUAUGAGACCCAACGAUAGCCAUAGACAAGAGAAUAAAAAUAUUCCUAUUUCAAUUCGUUUGACAGAUAUUCCAACCCGAUUUGAAUUGAAAUUAAUAAGAAAAUUUUUAAUAUUGUCAACGUUCUUUGUUCAUUCGUGUUUUUGGAUAACCAUUGGAUAAUUAUUUUUUGUUCGUGUAAUGAUUUAAAAAUUCAUGUAGUAGCAGAAUGUUAAUAUGCAAUGUAACUGAACAGAAAGGUGUAACGGUUGGGGAAGAAAUGGAGGAUAACUCGACCGAGUUCCAGAUGGCAGACGAGAUGUAUAAGAUAGCGGCUACUAACAGCGCGGUUGACGGUGAUAGAGACAAAACGCUUACCACUAGCGACUUAGUAAUUCUAUAUAAAAAUAUUGAUAUUGAUACUAAAUUAGUACCAAACGCUAACCAACUAGCUAGAAAAACUCCAAAUCAAUACGUAGAAACUGUAAUAUACAAUGAUGAUCGAAGAUCUGAGGGAUCAGACGUCAGUGAAGACUUUACUUAUGAAGACUUUAAUCACGUUUUUGCGGUAAAUAAUGAAAGAAUCGGUUUUUUAAACAAUUACGGAGACACGCUUUGUCAUAAAUGCGGCGAUAUAAAAAUGCGCACAUCUGGCCUAACAACCGAAUAUGAUAAGCACUUUCUGUUUAAUGAUUACAUUCAGGAUCAACUGAAGAAUCUUCACCCCAAAUCCGAACAGUCAGAGAGCACUAUUCUACCAACCUCGUUAUUGGAUUAUAUUUGUUGCAAACGUUUGGAAGAUAACUGCAAUCUUUACAUGGACAAUAUUAUCAAAUAUGUGCAGAACACUAUUGAACAGUUAAAACGUAUUAGUAACGGCGACUAUUUAACUGGAAAGGCUAAAGCGAAAUGGAGGGAAGGUGGUACCGAGAACAGACCGCCGCCUGAAUGUAAAAAUACCGUUUUAGCAAGUCCUGUGACUCAUAGAAUAGCAUUAGACGUCCCGGAAAAACGUAAUCCGAAAGUAAUAUGGGAUGAUGUAGUACAUUCUGAAAUGGAUGUUAGGUCAUUAUGUAAAAUAUUAGAGAAAAAAAUUAUCGUUGAGAUACCGAAGAUCAUAUGUGGCACUUACAGAUUAUUUAGUAAACGCUAUAAGCAGAAUUUCAUUAUAACAUGUAAAAAAGACAAACGACCUGAAAAAGAAUCACGGGUAGACGUACUAUUGAAACUGCAUCGGUCUGAAUUUGGACACAUCAUUAGCAAUAUUGACUCUAUUUUCAUUUUAGAAUCUUCAUCUGCCAUUUUAACUAAAACAGACCCUUAUUCGACUGAUCUUUUAGCAAUUGAUUAUAAGAAAGAUGAGACUAUAGAUGAAAAAAUAGAAGUAAAAGAUAUUGAUUUGAAUGAAAACUAUGAAGAGCCUCCUUCAAAAUAUAUGGCUGAAAGUAGCGUUACAGAAGUACCGGAAGCUGAGGAGUUAUCAGAAGAUGAUUGUGAUUUAUCAUCUCAAUACAACUGCUAUGAAGAUAAUGAUAAUGUAUGCGUUUCUAGUCAAGCUGAGUUUGAUAAUGGGAUAGAGGCUACAGUAGCAGUUGAUGACCUCCACUGUGUCAUUCAACGAUUAAGUAUGCAGUCCCCUGUUAUAGAAGAAAAGGAAGAAAUUCUUAAAAAGAAAAAAUCACCAAUAAAAGUGAGAAUAAAAUCUCCUUAUGAAAAUAAGUCAUAUGUUUUAGAUGAGAAAAAAAGAAAAAAACUUUUGGAGGUUCGGGAGAAACGCGAGGUAAAAAAAAAUGCGAUAGUUGAAAAUCGUAAAAUAACAAAGAGUAAGCGUGAAAGAAGCACUGUUACGGCACAAUCGUCAAACUCUGUUACUACGUUAUCGAUUACAAAUAAACACUUUUAUAACUCUAUUUAUGGAGACUGCAUUAACAUAAUACAAAAAAAAUCGCGAAAAUAUUACAAAGAUUUGCAAAACGAUAAUCUUUCAGCUUUAAAGCUUCAAGAUGAUGAAAAAAACCACUAUAAAGAACCUCCUCCUGCUCCUUUAACUACCCCUAAACAACAUACUGAAAAAUAUAGUAAUCCUAGUUACUACUUAGAUGAUGUGGACACUGAAGUUAUGCACUUGGAAAUGAAACAAUGUGAAAAUCAAAUCAACCAUAGUUUAUCUAAGGUUAAAUUAUCUACACCAACGGCAGCUAACGAAAUUGAUGUAAACUUAGAUUUGCAUAAGCAAUUAAUAGUUACAUCUACAACAGACUCAAGUUUGUCCGAUACUUUUUCACGAUCGCCUGCUUUAUGCGAUACCAGUUACAGAAGUACAAACAAAGAAAAUAUCGAAAAUAACAUAUUAACAUCUACACAAAGUAUUCAAGUAGUAUUAACUAAUCCACCAAAAAAAGAAGUUUUUACAGAAACUAAAAAUUGUAACCCAACGUCUUCUGUGGAAUGUAGAAGAAGCAUAGAUAAAAUAUAUGAUCUUAUAAAAAAAAUAAGUGACUCAAACAGCUUAGCAUCUAGUAAAACCGCAAAUAAUAUAGCUGAAUUAGAUCAUGACGAUAGUGAACCUACAAAACAUCCAAUUGCUUCCUCUAAUUCUGGUUGUUUUACUUUAGAAAAAGUAAAUACUGUACAAAAAUCACCUAAUAAAAAGCAUACAUACGACAAUUCUGGACAUGAUAUUUCAAAAAUAACCAUUAGUUCCAAAUCACAAAGUCUCAAAAUGAACAACGCGAGUGAUAAUCAAAAUGGUAAAUUAAAUUUGUCUAAAAUUCAAGACAAUCCUUUAAAAGCUAUCUCAGAAUUGAUAAAAAAAAUUGAUAGUGUCCGUAAGACGAAUAAUAAGAAUGAAAAUGAAUCAAAAAAGAAUGAGAGGUUGUCGACCGAAGAGAGAAAUGACAAUCGGCGACAAGUCCACAAGCGAAUGCCAAAAGAUCGUAAUUUAAAAGACCCUGAAGUAAAUACGUCAAAAUUUUCUGUACUUAAAGAAAGAAGGAUUCUAAGUUCGGAAUAUGGACACUCCAAAUUCAAUAAUCAACAAUAUCAAUCUGAAGAAAGAUCUUCCAAUAGAAUGCAUGGAAAAAAAAUUGCUGAUAUUAUAGAUGAGGUCAAUGAAAUGCGAGGGGAAGCCGUGCGUGGACCUCCUAAAAAACUGACUAGAUUGAAUAAUUUGGCGCAGCCUAAAAAAACAUAUUGUGAAACACUAAAGGAAGAAUGCCAAAAUAAAUUUGGAAAACGAGUUACAGAUAGAUUUUCAAAGCCAACUUCACAUGGGUUGAACCCAGAUAAAUAUAUACCCUGUGUAAGAAAUAAACAUAGAAAAGUCUCUGAAGGACUACUAGUAUCCACAAAGCCUCUAAGCACAGGACCACCUUUAGAAAGAAUUUCAAGAACUAAAUCUUCGUCCCAGAAAAGUCCCAGCCGAGAAAAAAACGACAGACAUUCUCCAGUGUCUGUAGGCAGAGGGCGCUGUAACCAAGUCAUCCUUAAAAAAAUACCUGAAGUACGAAAUGGAAAAACUAUUAUAAAAAGUAAUUUCAGCCGUGAGUCAAAGCGAUCGGAGUUCUGCGAUUAUAAUCACGCCGGCAGAUCAAAGGUCCCUUUAAUAUCAAUUGACUCAAUCGAGUCUAUGACAUCAUCUCCACUUGGAGAUGAAACAUUUUCGGUUCUCCGCAAUAAACUACAUAAUAUGAUUGAUGACGUGGUUGACAUAAAAAUACCUAUUCCUCUGACUGAAUGCAAAGUGUCAAUAUCUAAAUUAGGCAAUGGUAUUGAUGAUGAUGUUUCUACAGAAGGCAGAACAAGAUCAGAUCUAAUUGUAUUAUCAGUGUCUGAUUACCCACUCGAUAUAUUUGAAGAUAAAAAUAUAAUUACAGCUGUAUCAAGUAUUUCAAAAGAUAAUAGGGAUUGUGAAGAAAUUGUUUACCAUAGCCAAUCAAAAACAUUUUUUUACGAAACAAACCAACCUAAUAAGUUACCACGACGAAAUUCCUUGUAUUAUCAAAUAUCAAAAGGUGAAUUCCAAAAACCGUUAAAAAUCAAUAACACAAAGUUGGAUACUAGACCUAAGCAGUCCAAAGAAAAAGAUUCUGGAUUUAUCUUGACAUCUGGUGAUACCAGUCCAGUGGUCCUGCCAAAAUUAGCACAUAUGGAUCCAACAACGGAUACUUUUAAGGAAAAUCUUUCAGAAAUUCUGCCUUAUCUAGCUAAAAAUCGGUUAGACUUUGGAUUUACUAAAUUGCCUAUGCAAAUUGCAACUAUAGGUUAUGCUUUGCCACAUUUUUAUAGAUGUGAUUCUACUACUAAAAUAAAAUUAUUAGAAAAUAAUGAUUCGAUGUUAAAAAACUUAAAUUUGGAAAAUGAAACUAACAAGCCUUUCGGAAAAUCUGAUCCUUCCUUCAGAAUUGCCAAUAAAGAGCUACCUAAAGAUAUUGAGAAAAAAGAAUCAGUAGUAAUUAAGGAAGUUGUAGCUGAUUGUGAAGUACGUGCAGUCGAUGAACCAAAGAAGGAACGGAAAAGAGGAGAUAAUGUUAAAGAUGCUGAAACUCCACUCUUAUCUUCCAUUAAAGAAGAUAAGACUAUUGGAAUUAAGAGUGGAGUAGAUAUUAAAAAUUCUGACAUCAGUAAUUCAACAUCGCUCGACAUUUUACUAAGUCUUUUAAAUGAAAUCAAGAAAAUAACUUCAUAUGAAGCCAAUAUACCUAAACAAGAGAACAUAAGUAAUAAUGAGCGUAGAGACACAGAGGUAGAGAUUAUUUUAAACAAAGUAGCUGUGAAGGAGAGUUCUAUAGAUCACUGCCUUAACAAUGCAAUAUCUCUACCUUCUAUUCACAGUUUGCAAAUAUUAAAAGCGUGUAACAGAAACCUUCUAUAUCUACCAUCUAAUAUCGACGUGAACAGAAGCAAAACGAAAAUGAACGAAACACAACAUACAGCAACGAGCUUGGAAUAUAUUUGUAGACCGAGUGUGAAAGAAGCAAAUACAUAUAUUUCGACAACUGAAUAUGUGCAUAGGUUUACUGAGACACCAUCUCGUUAUGCCCUACUGUCUGUCAGUACUGGAGCAACUGAUUCCCUUGUUAAAAUUAUUACCAAGUCUUCAAGUUUAUCUAUGUAUUCUUUCAACGAUUGCGAUAGUUCCAAUACAAAACUGAACGAAAUUAUUGAAGUGCCUUCAAGAAUCUCAGAAGAAAAUAAUAAUGUUGUUUCAUCCGCAGUGGUAAAAAUUGAAGACCUAAAUAGUAACAAACAUUUUGCAGAUAUUAAACCAUUGACUGAAUAUAAUUAUUCUACUGAUGACUUUGAUUCUUUGAUGAAAAUGAAAAGAGGUAUUUUAGUAACCUUUUACUCCAUUCUCGUAUUGACCGUGUUUACUGCUUUGUCAUUCCCCGAAAUAAUUUAUCGCGUGUACUAGAGUGUUGUGAUUAUGUAUAUUAUGGUAGCAUCUUAGAUUAUUGAUUGUUUUUUUUUUCUAUUCUCGACUCGGCCAAUCAUAAUCAAAAGGUAGCGUAUUAUUAGGGCGAAGAAAUUUAUUGUCAGGUUCUAAAUAGGUUGCAAAACUAACAUUUUUGAUCAAUUAUUUAUUUUGAAUAAAUUUAUUUUUCAUAAAUUUUGUGUUUCAUUAAACAAUGUGGCUUUGUUAACUGUUCCAUUGUUACCAUCCAAUA